GUCUAUUUCAGCCUCCGACAUAGGGACGAUCAUUCUUCUGCACGUUUUAUUACAGACUGGACAAGAUCAAGAUUUCUUAAACUUGGAUUUAGUUUCUUGUGGGUAAAGAUCAGCCCUGGCGAGGUUUUCCUGGAGUCGCUUUUGUGAAGAAAAAGCACCCACUCCACCUGGAAACUUUUUUUUAGGUUAAAAGAAUAUUAUCUUUGAAAUUAUUUUCGAUUGUUAGAGAAAAAACCCACUUCAGUAUUACAGUGUCGCCUCUGUAAUAUUGGAAGUAGAAGCCGUCAGCAGCUGCAGUAGCUGCGGUUGCGGUGCUAGAAUUACGAUGGGGAGUUUACGGGUGAGUUUGCUUCUCUUGGCCGGAUUGCUGUGGCUUUCGGAUAAUGCUGAAGCGGGAUGCUCCGAAUCUCACAAAUGUUGUAACGGCAGAGACCACAGAUGCAGUAGCACAGGCUGGAGAAUGGACCGGGUUUACGGGACUUGCUACUGCGACGAAGCAUGUAAAAGUACUGGGGACUGCUGUUACGAUUACAUCCAGACAUGUCCAGCCAGUCCAUGUGUGGUGAGUGAGUGGAGUCACUGGAGUGGCUGUGCUGAGCAAUGCCAUCCAACUAUGCGGAUUCGACGGCGUCACAUUGAGCAAGAGCCUCAGAAUCAUGGAGAUCUUUGCCCACCACUAGAGGAACGAGCAGGCUGCCUGGAGUACAUGAAUUAUCAGGGUGUACAUUGUGGACAGUCCUAUGUUCCUGCUUUUAUAAGCACAGCAGAGUAUAAUAAAGAGAGAAGAAAGCGUGCUUUGCAUGAAGAGAAAGAGAUUCCUGGGUAUUGUACAGAAUUCAUGAUUGAAUCACUGUCCUUCCACUGCACUGUAGAGAAUCGUCCAUUUGCUAGAUGGAUGCAGUAUCUUCGAGAGGGUUACACUGUCUGUGUAACAUGUCAGCCACCAGCCAUGAAUUCACACAACCACCGUUGUCAUGGUGAUGGGGCGAGUGAUAAAGGGACUCAUAUUUUCCAGUGGCAAGCAGUGGGUAAUUCUCAAUGUAGAGGAACAUGGAAAAAAGUGCGUGAGGUGGCACAGUGCUCCUGCCCCAUUGUCCACAGUUUUAUAUUUACUUGAGAUAUCAUUCCUUAUUUUGGAAACUUUACACACUAAGUUAUAAACUGUUAUGUUACGCUAAGGUUAAAUUUAUAACAAUCUGACAAAAAUAUCAUUCAUCUUGCUUUCAAGAUCACUGUGGGAGUAUUACUGUAAAACAGCAUUGAUAUUUCUGAAUGUGAAUGAAGAUCUUUAGACCAGUUCAAACAUUUAAUAAAAGUGGUACGGGCCUGAAGACUCAAUCACGAAAUUUCUGUGAAUUUUAUGUUGCAUUCUUGAGUUUUCAGUUCUUGUUUAAAAAUAAUAUGCCUCAUGACAUAUCGCAGGCAUUGUUAAUUUAGGGAUUCAUAUUAAACUUGGUGAUAAGCUUUUCUUUAGUAUUUUAAAAUAAAUUUAAAUCAGUAAGAAUGCAUUUAGGAGACGUGCCCUUUCAGGUUCGAAUCUGGUCCAGAUAAGGAGGAAAAUAGUUCAGACAGAACAAAUCCAACUCCCAGCAGAGAUGUCCAAAACACCAACUUGCCACAUGCUAAAUAGUGACUGAGCAAUCUUAAUGACAAAGCUGUAAAAUUAAAGUGUGGGAUGCAAAUGUGAUGGUGGGUUUAGUGGACACUGCUUUUCUAAGGUGGGGGCUUAGGCACAUUCCCUGGAUUUGGUGGAGUGAGUUCUGCAUUGCAUCUGGACCAUGCUUUACCUGACCUUGAGAUGAAGGUAUCAGGCAGAAAAAAUCUUCUAUUGCCCCCAGACAAAUCAACACAUUUUCUAAGCACAAAAUUAAAUGCGCGUUUUUGGACUUUCUACCCAGUACGAAUUUGGAGAUUGCAUAGUAUUCAUUCACGAUUGUUGUAAGAUAAAUUAGGAAAAAAAGAUAAUUGAAAGAAUGUUUAGUGAUGUUGCUUAAGAUGCAUGCAGUUUUUGUCUGACUCAAAAGAAUUUUAAAAUAUGGGGAGAAAGUAAAAUAGAUAUCUUAAUAGAUAGAGGAAAACAACUGUGAACCACAUUUUUCAUGAUCCUUGAUGAAGAGCUAAAUGUUAGUUCAGGAUUCUGUUGAGCAGUAGUAGCAACUACAUAGGGUAGCACCGGCUUUACAUGUACUUGAAACAGCCUAUGAUAGGAUACUGCACUUAAAUACUGUUGAUCACCACCUAAAUACUGUUGAUCACCAUCGAAGCAGGAAAUACAAAAGUUUCACUCAAGAAUAUAACUAUGUGCCUGAAAACAGAAACACUGUUCAAUUUAAUCUUAUACAAAAUCCGAUUGUAAUAUACAUUUGGCAACAUGAAAAUAAAUUAGUUAUGUUUUGCAAAUAAAGUUUUAAAAAAUUGUAACAUC